AUGCUGGAGCUGGUGCUGGUGCUGGUGCCUGUGCUGGGUGCUGGAGGUGGAGGUGUUAUUGGUCCUAGUGCUUGUGCUGGUGCCUGUGCUGGAGCUGGUGCUUGUGCUGAUGCUUGUGCUGGUGCUGUAGCUGGUGUUGGUGUUGGUGCUGCUGCUGGUGCUGGUGCUGGUGCUGGUGCUGGUGCUGGUGCUGAUACAGGUGGUGGUGUUAGUGCUGGUGCUGGUGUUGGUGCCUGUGCUGGUGCCUGUACUAUUGCCGGACCUGCUGCUGGUUAUGGUGGUAGUGCUGGUGCUGGUGGAGAUGCUGGUGCUGUUUUCUGUGCUUAUGCUGGUGCUGGUGUUGGUGCUGGUGCAGGCUCUUGUGCUGGUCCAAUUGCUUGUGAUGCUGCUUGUGUUGGCUUGUGCUGGAACCGGUGCUUGUGCUGGUGCUGGUGCUUUUACUGGUGCUGGUGCUUUACUGGUGCCUUUACUAGUGCUGGAGCUGGAGCUGGAGCUGGAGCUGGAGCCGGAGCUGGUGCUGGAGCUCGUGCUGGUGCUGGUGCUGGUGCUGGUGCUGAUGCUGAUACUGAUGCUGCUGCUGCUGCUGGUGCUGGUGUUGAUAAUGAUACUGAUGCUGGUGCUGGAGCUUGGGCUGGUGCCUGUACCAGUUCUUGUGCUGGUUCUGGUGCUGAUGCUGGUGCUGGUGCUGAUGCUGGUGCUGGGGCUGCUGCUGGAGCUGCUGCUGGUGCUGUUGCUGAUACUGGUGCUUGUGCUGGUGCUGUUGCUGGUGCUGAUACUGGUGCUUUUGCUGGUGCUGGUGCUGGUGUUGAUAAUGAUACUCAUGCUGGCGCUGGAGCUUGGGCUGGUGCCCAUGCCGGUUCUUGUGCUGGUUCUGGUGCUGAUGCUAGUGCUGGUGCUGAUGCUGGUGCUGGGGCUGCUGCUGGAGCUGCUGCUGGUGCUGUUGCUGAUACUGGUGCUUGUGCUGUUGCUGCUGCUGAUACUUGUGCUUUUGUUGGUGCUGGUGCUGGUGUUAGUAGUGCUGGUGCCUGGACUGGUGCCUGUGCAGGUGCUGGUUCUUGUGCUGGUGCCUGGGCCAGUCCCAGCGCUUGUGCUAGUGCCUGUAUUACUGCUGGUGCUAGUGUUUGUGCUUGUGCUUGUGCUUGUGCUUGUGCUGGUGCUUGUACCGGUGCUGGAGCUGGUGCUGGUUCUGGUGCUUGUGCUUGUGUUUGUGCUCGUACCGGAGUUUGUGUUGGGGCUUGGGCAAGUGCGGGCUCUUGUACUAGUGCAAGUGGUUGUGCUGGUGGUGGUAUUGGUCCUGGUGCUUCUACUAGUGCUGGUGCCUGUGCUGGGGCUGGUGCUGUUGCUGGUGGUGGUGCUGCUGCUGGUGGCGGUUCUGGAGCUUGUGCUGGACCGGGUGCUUUUGCUGGUGGUAGUGCUUGUUCUGGUGCCUGGGCUGAUGCUGGUGCUGGUGCUGUUGUUUGUGCUAGUGCUGGUGCUGGUGCUGGUGCCUGUGUUGGUGGUGUUGGUGGUAUUGGUGCUGGUACUGGUGCUAGUGUUUGCGCUGUAUCAGGUGCCUGCGCUUGUGAUAGUGCCUGUACUAGUUCUGGUACUGGUGCUGGUGCAUGUUCUUGUGGUUGUGUUGGUACUUGUACCGCUGCUGGUGCUGGAGCUGCUGCUGUGCUGGUGCUGGUGCUGGCGCUUGUGCCUGUCCUGGUGCUUAGUAAUAUUGCUGGUGGUGGUGCUGGUGGUGGUGCUGGUGGUGGUGCUGGUGGUGGUGCUGGUGGUGGUGCUGGUGCUGGUGCUGGUGGAGAAUUUGGUGCCGGUGCAGCAGCUCGUGAUGGUCCCUAUGCUGGUGCCUAUACUAGUGAUGGAUCUGGUGCUGGUGCUGGCACUGGUUCUAAAGCUGUUUCUUGUACCGUUGGUUGUGCUGGAGCAUGGGCCGGUGCUGGUGCUUGUGCUAGUGCAUGUACUACUGCUAGUGCUGGUUCUGGUGCUGGUGCUUGUGCUAGACCAGGUGCUUGUGCUGGUGCUGGUGUUGGUGCCUAUGCUAAUGCCUGUAAUAUUGCUGGAGCUGGUGCUGGUUCUGGUGCUAGGGCUGGUGCUGGUGCUGGUGCUGGUACUUGUGCUGGUACCGGUGCUUGUGCUGGUGCUUGUGCUGGUGCUUGUGCUGGUGCUUGUGCUGGUGUUGGUGCUGGUGCUUGUGCUUGUACUAGUGCAACUGCUUGUACUAGUGCUGGUGCUGGUGCUAGUGCUAGUGCUGGUGCUGGGGCUUGUGCUGGAGCUGUUGCCUGUUCUUGUGAUGGUCCUGUUGCUUAUGCAGGUGCUUUUGCUUCUGCUGGUUCCGGUGCUCGUGUUAGUGCUGGUGCUGAUGCUGGUGUUGGUGCUGGUGCUCGUGCCGGUGCCAUGUUAAAUUCCCUAAAAUGA